CCUCGGGGCUCCCUCCCCGUGCCCGUCCCGCGGAUCGCCGCCGGUGCCCGGUGCCAGAGCAGCGGGGGCGGCCAUGGGCAAGGACUAUUACCGCACGCUGGGGCUGUCGCGGGGCGCCUCGGCCGCCGACAUCCGCCGCGCGUACCGGCGCCAGGCGCUGCGCUGCCACCCGGACAAGGACCGCUCACCGGGCGCCGAGCAGCGCUUCAAGGAGGUGGCCGAGGCCUACGACGUGCUCAGCGACCCCAAAAAACGGGAGAUCUUCGACAAGUACGGGGAGGAGGGGCUGAAAGGGGGAGCCCCCGCGCCCGGGCCGGGGGGCUCCAACGGGCCCACCUUCACCUACACGUUCCGCGGCGACCCGCACGCCAUGUUCGCCGAGUUCUUCGACGGGCGCAACCCCUUCGACACCUUCUUCGUGCAGCGCAACGGCGACGAUGAGGACGGCGACGAAGGCUUCAACACCUUCCACGUGGGGGGCUUCGGCAGCGUCAGCUUCCCGCGGGGCCGGGCGGGCGAGGGCCGCAAGCAGGACCCGCCCGUGCUGCACGAGCUGCGCGUGUCGCUGGAGGAGAUCUACAGCGGCUGCACCAAGAAGAUGAAGAUCUCCCACAAGCGGCUGGGCCCCGACGGGAAGACGGUGAGGAACGAGGACAAGAUCCUGACCAUCGAGGUGAAGAAAGGGUGGAAGGAGGGCACCAAGAUCACCUUCCCCAAGGAGGGCGACCAGACGCCCAACAACAUCCCGGCCGACGUGGUGUUCGUGCUCAAGGACAAGCCGCACGACGUGUUCCGGCGCGACGGCUCCGACAUCGUCUACCCGGCCAGGAUCAGCCUGCGCGAGGCUCUGUGUGGCUGCACGGUGACCGUCCCCACGCUGGACGGCCGCUCCCUGCCCAUGGUGUUCCAGGACGUGCUCAGGCCGGGCGUCCGGCGCCGCGUCCCGGGCGAGGGGCUGCCGCUGCCGCGCUCGCCGGAGCUGCGCGGGGACCUCGUCAUCGAGUUCGAGGUCAAGUUCCCCGAGCGGAUCCCGCCCGCCCACAAACCCCUCCUGGAGCAGAUCCUGCCCCCAUAGGGGACCCCCAAAACACCCCCGGGGGGUGCGGACUCGGGGGGACCCCCCAAAACAGCCCCGGAGCUGGGGGGGCUCGCUGGGCUCCUCCUCAUCCUCAUCCUCAUCCUCAUCCUCAUCCUCAUCCUCAUCCUCGGGGGGUUUGGGGUGUCCCUGUCCCUGAUCUCAGAGGGGUUUUGGGGUCACCUCACUCUCCCAGGGGUUUUGGGGUGUCCCUGUCCCCAGUCUCAGAGUUUUGAGACAUAUUGGGGUCACCCCACUGUCUCAGGGGAUUUUGGGGUGUCCUUGUCCCCGAUCUCAGAGGGUUUUGGGGUGUCAUUUUCCCUGAUCUCAGAGCUCUGAGGGGUUUUGGGGCCACCCCACUCUCCCUGGGGGUUUUGGGGUGUCCCUGUCCCUGAUCUCAGGGGGGUUUUGGGGUCACCCCACUGUCCCAGGGGGUUUUGGGGUGUCCCUGUCCCCGAUCUCAGGGGGGUUUUGGGGUGCUCUUGUCCCUAGUCCCUGAUCUCAGAGGGGUUUUGGGGUCACCCCACUGUCCUGGGGGUUUUGGGGUCACCCCAAUGUCUUGGGGGGUUUUGAGGUGUCCCUGUCCCCGAUCUCAGAGGGGUUUUGGGGUCACCUGGUUUGGGGUCACCAGGGACAUCUCAGAGGGGUUUUGGGGUCACCCCACAGUCCCAGGGGGUUUUGGGGUGUUCUUGUCCCUGAUCUCAGGGGGGUUUUGGGGUGUCCUUGUCCCCGAUCUCAGAGCUCUGAGGGGUUUUUGGGGUCACCCCACUGUCUUGGGGGUUUUGGGGUGUCCCUGUCCCCAAUCUCAGAGCUCUGAGAGGUUUUGGGGUCACCCCAUAUCUCAGGGGGUUUUGGGGUGUCCCUGUCCCUGAUCUCAGGGGGGUUUUGGGGUCACCUGGUUUGGGGUCACCAGGGACAUCUCAGAGGGGUUUUGGGGUGACCCUGCAGUCCUGGGGGGGUUUUGGGGUCACCCCACUGUCUCAGGGGUUUUGGGGUGUCCCUGUGCCCGAUCUCAGGGGGGUUUUGGGGUGCUCUUGUCCCUAGUCCCUGAUCUCAGAGGGGUUUUGGGGUCACCCCACAGUCCCAGGGGGUUUUGGGGUGUUCUUGUCCCUGAUCUCAGGGGGGUUUUGGGGUGUCCUUGUCCCCAAUCUCAGAGCUCUGAGAGGUUUUGGGGUCACCCCACUGUCUCAGGGGUUUUGGGGUGUCCCUGUGCCCGAUCUCAGGGGGGUUUUGGGGUGCUCUUGUCCCCGAUCUCAGAGCUCUGAGGGGUUUUGGGGUCACCCCGCUGUCCCGGGGGGUUUUGGGGUCACCUGGUUUGGGGUCACCAGGGACAAGGUCUCAGGAGGUUUUGGGGUGUCCUUGUCCCCAGUCUUGAAGCUCUGAGGGGUUUUGGGGUCACCUCAAUGUCCUGGGGGGUUUUGGGGUGUCCUUGACCCCUGUCCUUGAUCUCAGGGGGGUUUUGGGGUCACGCCCCAAUCUCAGGGGGUUUUGGGGUGUCCCUGUCCCCCCACCUCUGCUCUUGGUGUCCCCGGGUGUCCUUGUCCCCCAAUUUGGGGGUCCCCAGGUGUCCUUGACCCCUCCCCAUUUUGGGGGUCCCCGGGUGUCCCUCUCUCCCCAAUUUUGGGGGUCCCCGGGUGUCCUUCUCCCCCCCAAUUUGGGGGUCCCCCAGUGCCCUUGUCCCCCCCAUUUUGAGGGUCAAGAACAUCUGAAGACCCCUCCCCAUUUUGGGGGUCCCCAGGUCCUUCUCCCCCCAUUUUGGGGGUCCCCGGGUGUCCUUGUCCCCCAAUUUUGGGGGUCCCCAGGUGUCCUUCCCUCCCUCAAUUUGGGGGUCCCCGUGUUCCCUUGUCCUCCCCAUUUUGAGGUCAAGAACAUCUGAAGACCCCUCCCCAUUUUGGGGGUCCCCAGGUGUCCUUCUCCCCCCCAAUUUUGGGGGUCCCCGGGUGUCCUUGUCCCCCAAUUUUGGGGGUCCCCAGGUGUCCUUCCCCCCCUCAAUUUGGGGGUCCCCGUGUUCCCUUGUCCUCCCCAUUUUGAGGUCAAGAACAUCUGAAGACCCCUCCCCAAUUUGGGGGUCCCCGGGUGUCCCUCUCUCCCCCCAAUUUUGGGGGUCCCCGGGUGUCCUUCUCCCCCCAAUUUGGGGGUCCCCCAGUGCCCUUGUCCCCCCCAUUUUGAGGGUCAAGAACAUCUGAAGACCCCUCCCCAAUUUGGGGGUCCCCGGGUCCUUCUCCCCCCAAUUUGGGGGUCCCCCAGUGCCCUUGUCCCCCCCAUUUUGAGGGUCAAGAACAUCUGAGGACCCCUCCCCAUUUUGGGGGUCCCCAGGUGUCCUUCUCCCCCCAAUUUUGGGGGUCCCCGGGUGUCCUUCUCCCCCAAUUUUGGGGGUCCCCGGGUGUCCUUCUCCCCCCAAUUUUGGGGGUCCCCAGGUGUCCUUCUCCCCCCCAAUUUUGGGGGUCCCCGAGUGUUCUUGUCCCCCCCCCCCCCCAAUUUGGGGGUCCCCCCCCCAUUUUGGGACCCUCCCCCUCAGUGCUGUAUUUAGGGGAGGGGUCCCCCCAUCCCCUCCCCCCCUUUUUGGGGUCCCUUCAUUUUGAGGGGGGGUCCCAAACCAGGGG